UGUAAAAGUAAAUCUUUUUUGUUAUAGAUUUAUAAAAAUAUAUAAAAAAGAUAUUAUUAACUUUAAACGAUGAAAAAAUUGAAUGUACUAACUAGUUACUUUAAUGCAUUGAGGGAAAAUCAAAAUUAUAAAAGUUUAUCAGAAGAUGAAAUUUAUGCUGAACUCAAUAAAAUGGAAUUGUACCGAUUUGAAAAAGUGUUAGAUCUUCCAGAAAACUUUGUUAGUGAUGUAAUAUUUAAUCUUACAAAUACAAAACUUUUGGACAAUGAAAAAGAAAAGGAAAUUAUAGAUUACUUAAAUAAAUCACUGGUUAAUGGUAUAGCAAAUCUUCGAUUAAUUUCAAAAUGUCUUCGAUAUCUACUACGAAAAGAAACAGAUUGUCACAAUGCGCUGAUUGUCAUAGAUGUUCAGAAUGAUUUUAUCUCAGGAAAUUUGUCUUUAAAGAAUUCUCCUGCUGGUCAAGAUGGUGAAGAAGUUGUGAAUAUUAUCAACUCUAUAUUGGAUUUAAAACUUUUUUGCUCAGUGUAUUACACAUUAGACUGGCAUAAAGAAGACCAUUGCUCAUUUGUUAACAAUGUUAAAAAAUAUCCUCUUCAUGAAUCUUUCAGAUCUAUGGAUAACCCUGAAGUAUUUACAAAGGUUAUUUAUGAUGGUGAAAUACCAAGAGAGCAGGUCCUUUGGCCUUCUCAUUGCAUACAAAAUUCUUCUGGAGCAGAAUUACAUCCAAAUCUCAAAAUUAUUGAUGGCGCUAAAUUCAUUUAUAAAGGUCAACACUCUCACUGUGAUAGUUAUUCAGCAUUCUGGGAUAAUUCUAAGUUCUCUCAAACAGAACUGUUUUUCCAUCUUCUUGAUAAUAAUAUACAAAGAAACUUUAUCUGCGGUUUAGCUUUGGAUUUUUGUGUGGGUUUUACUUCUUUAGAUAGCGCUGAGCAUGGGUUUGAUACAUUUGUAAUCUUAGAUGCAACCCGUGGUGUGUCAGAGAAUACUAUUGAAGAGAUGAAAAAUAGAAUGAAUAGUGUUGGUGUUAAAUUAGUAACGAUCAGGUGGAAAUGUAGUCGACACGUUGUUGACAUGUUAUCCUCAUAAUAGCUCACUUUGAUGGAAAAAUUAUAUGGAAACGUUGCUGUCUUUUCUAUAAACUCUAAAGUUUUCAUAUUUGAAUUAUAUUACAUUAUGUUAU